AGUCAAAAUACUUAAAAUGGUGGAAUGUGAAAUGGUAAAUAAAUAAAACGGAGCAAAUGUUAUACUUUAGUAAUAAAUUGAAAAAUAUCCUUCAAUUCGUAAAAUCUUCAUAUCAAGAUUGAAAAUAAACCUGUAAAAUAUUUUUUUGCAUGUGAAAAUGUGAUUCGGUUGUAAGAAGAGGUGUGAAAUUUCAGUAACAAAAUAGGAUGGCCCCAGUUCCUCUGGAGGGGCUACAAGCUCCUGUAGCAAACCAAAUCGCCCAAAGCAACAUCGGCGGUCCGCAAGAAGGUAAUAGAGGAAUGAUGUCUCUGGCAAUGCUGAUUGAUUUCAUUGUGCAAAGAACUUAUCAUGAGCUAACUGUUCUGGCUGAGUUGUUACCCCGAAAAACAGAUAUGGAGCGAAAAAUUGAAAUUUAUAAUUUCUCCACAAGAACAAGACAGCUGUUUGUGAGACUUUUAGCUCUAGUGAAAUGGGCUAACAGUGCAUCAAAAGUUGAAAAAUCAGCAAGAAUCAUGAAUUUUUUGGAUAAACAGUCCCUCCUUUUUGUUGAAACUGCUGAUAUGCUAGCUAGAAUGGCCAGAGAAACUCUGGUGCAAGCUCGUCUUCCUAAUUUCCAUAUACCAGCAGCAGUGGAAGUACUUACCACUGGUACUUAUGGGCGCUUGCCAGCUUGUAUCAGGGAAAAAAUUGUGCCACCAGAUCCAAUCACACCCUCUGAAAAAAGAAAUACCCUCUUGAAAUUGAAUCAGGUCAUACAGCAUCGCCUGGUUACUGGGAAUUUGCUUCCCCAAAUGAAGAAUUUGAAGAUUGAAAAUGGUAGAGUAACAUUUCAUGUAAAACAUGAAUUUGAAGUUUCUUUGACUGUGAUGGGAGAUGGUCCCAACAUACCAUGGAGGUUACUGGAAAUUGACAUUUUAGUUGAAGACAAGGAAACAGGAGAUGGAAAAGCCCUUGUGCAUUCUCUGCAAGUGCAAUACAUCCAUCAAUUGGUGCAAAGUCGACUGGUCGACAAUCAUCAACCGCUGACGGAGGUGUACAAUUGCCUCCAUUUCUUCUGUCAAUCAUUGCAAUUGGAAGUUCUCUAUUCCCAGACUUUGCGCCUGAUGAGAGACAGAUUGGAUGAUCACAUACAUGUCGACGAAUAUGUGCCCGGCAAAUGUUUGACAGUGUCAUAUUGGAGGGAAUUGACCAGCAAAGGCAAAGAACAAAUGAACAAAGACCUAAGAUCCGAAUUAGGUUAUAGAUUGUCAGUGCAAGUUGACGUGCAUGACUCAGCUAGGCCUUUGGCUGUUGUUCAUAUACCAUCUCUAGGUAACAAGGAGAGUGAGAUUGCAGAUAGAGCUAUCAGGUCUGAGGUGUUAUCCAUGGAAAGACUGCUAGUUCACACUAUCUACGUGAGAACCCGUAGCAGAUUGAACGACAUCAAGCUGGAGAUGCAAGGGAUGCUCAAAGAUGUAGAAUGUAAUUUACAAGGUUCACCGGCUAUCUUAUCAGUGGCGAUUCUUCAACCCUGUCUGAGGGCUGAGCAAUUACUGAUCACAGUCGACACGCAUACGGGGAUGUUGCAAUGUCACGUGCCCCAAUACGAGCCGACUUUGAUACCGGAACUGAAUAAUACGCUAAACGGAGAUCAUGCUAAAUUACCGACGUUGAUUACUGAAUUGCGAUUUUGGAUAACCCAACGGAGAUGUGAGAAAACGUUGCAGCAUUUACCAGCUACUGCUUAUGAGAGGUUGCCACUCUUACACCAACCCGAUCACUCUAUUGUGAAAAUCGGUAAACAUAAGAUCUAUGUCCAGUUACAUAGGCACCCCAAUGUUAUUUUGAUAGUGGAGCUGAAAGAAUUAGAGAACAGUCCUUGCGAAAUCGAUUGCAAUUUUUAUUUGGCUGUGGUGAAACAUUCAAGCAUCGAAGAUAAUCCCAAUGAUGAUACCAUCGAAACUGAAAUACCCAAAGUUUAUUUGAAAAUUCAAACUCUCAUUGAAUUCGAUAGUUUCGUUACCACCCAUGGACCGUUUACAAGCAUUUCCGGGAUGCCUGAUUCAGACCAUACAGAGCCCAACAGUUUGAAGAGAAAAGGUGGCCAAAAAACAGAAUCGGCCACCAGAAGAUCCAAACAACCCGCCUAUUUCGUAUCGGAAUUGGCUCACGUUGUGGCGAUGUGCGAUGAAAGGCUGCCAUUUGUUCCUCUAGCAACUGAGUUGACGAAGAAAAACGUCUUCCAUCAAGGGGUGCAAGUGGAAGCGAACGCCACCGGGCUGGUGCUCAAACUCAUCCAAUUGCCGGCGCCCACCAAGGAGAUCGGCGUGUCCACCGCUUGGCACGCCCUGCUGAAGAGGCUGCUGUCCGUGUCCAUAAGGGUGCUGAGCAAGGGCGUGCUGAAGAGCUGGAUGGUCGAGUUCGUCUUCUAUUCCACGCCCUUGUCCAGCACGCAUCCCAAAGAACAAGGUUCGAGGAGGCCAAUUUAUUUUCAGUAUGAUAUGCUGACGCUCGAUAAUACCAGCAAAACGGCAGACGCUUUGAUAAACGAUUGGGAUCAAAUAGUCCAUUUGUAUACACUCGUACACGAUUUAAGUGAAUAUUUGAAAAUCGACAAAUACAGUUACCUCGUGAACCUCUUCUGCAUCAAAUCGUACAACUUCACCAAGCUGGUGCUGUGCUAUGGAUGCGACAAGGGCGCCAUGGUGUCGAUCACGUGGCACUCGGCCGAGAAGGCGUUCAAACUGGCCUUCGGCGCCACCAACAAUUCGCUCAACGCCCAUUCGCUGGUGCAGGAACAACUCGAGUCGCACCUGAACCAGUACAGGAACCUGGCGCAGAUUUUGCAGCUGCUGCAUGAGACCUACGAGCCUUUGCUGUCUGUUAGCAAGUUGCCGACCAUUCCACAACUCGGGAUCCACAACACUAGACACCAAGUGCCCGUCCAAACCUUCACCGUGAUGGCCCAAUCGUGCACGUUGAUCCGCUUGGCCUACCAGGGCAUGUACUGCCUGGAGUUGCGCGUGCGCGGCUCCGGGCUGGUCUCGCUCCGGGACGGCGCCUACAGCCGCUUCGAUCGCAGCAACGUCGUCGACGUCUUCUCGCCCACGCAAUGUUUGAAGGCGUUCCUCUCCAAGUACGUGGACGAGACGGCGAUGUUCAGGAGAAGGUCGCAGUCCGAGGACGAUAAUCCGCCGUCUCCGAUGGAGGUGGAGGGAGGCGGAUUUUUAGGUCAUCACCGAGGCGGGCCCCAAUCGCCGGCGCCCGGCGGUGGCCAAAGGGCGGACCCCGCCUCGGGGGUGGGCGUGGGCGGGCUCCGCUUCCACCCGCCGCUCACGCCGCCCUCGGGCUCUAAUCCGCACACGCCGGCCAGUCCGCACACGUCGCUGGGUCAGGCGGCGGGCGGGCCGCACACGGGAUUUGGAUCCAGUCCGGCCACGUCCUUCAAUUUGGCCUCGCCGACGUCGCUUCAGGCGAACAUAAAUCCCAGCCCCGUCGGUCUGGUCGCCAACUCCCCUCUGAACCCUCAGCUGCCGAGUCCCGGUGGCGGAUUGCUGAGCAACAGCUCUCCGGGGCCGCAGUCUCAGACGAACAUGCCCGGACAUUCGCCGGUCAGCAGUUUCUUGCCUACCGGUCACACGGACGGUAGCCCGUUCCCCUCGCAGAGCAUGUCUUCGCCGGCGGCGUCGACCAAUUGGCCCGGUUCGCCAGGCAUGCCUCGGCCGUCCCCCGCCCGGCCCGGCCAAUCGCCGCUCGGCCACUCUGUCAUGCACAGCCCGCAGCAGAACUGCGAUUUGAAGGCGCUGCCCGGCGCUCAUUUGGCCAGGGUGCUGCCCCAGAGGUCAUGGGCAGGCGCUGUUCCUACUGUACUUUCUCACGAAGCUCUCGAGGCCCUUUGCUGCCCUUCGCAACACCCACAAGGGCUUCCAGUGCCAGAUCUGUCUCCCUUAGAAAGAUUUUUGGGUUGUGGGUACAUGAAAAGGCAGUUGCAGAGGUUCAUUCACAACGAAAACUACCUCACGAUAAUGGCCAGUACCGAACCGGGUGUCAUUCAUUUCAAAGUGGGAGAAACUCUACAGUGUCGAAUCGGUUUGAAUCCUCAACAUUUGCAGAGUUUACAUCUGAAGAUAACCUCAUCGCCGGAGCAUAAAGAUGUGUGGUCUCAGGAUGAGUUACAGGUAUUGGAGAAGUUCUUCGACACUCGGGCUGCAGCGCCCCCCUACAAACCCACCGCCAUGUUCACCUUUUGCACGAUGCUGAAUCUGCCCGUUAACGUGCUGAAGGACUUCGUGCAGAUCAUGCGGCUGGAGCUGAUGCCCGGUCUGGCGGUGCAGCAGGGCUUGAAGUGGCGCGUCCAGUGGAUGCUGAGAGUGCCGCCCGGGGCGCCGCCCAUCGUGCCCACGGGCGUAUCGGGCGUGUUGGUGUUCAAGGCCAAAGUGUUGUUUUUCCUUCAAAUAACGCGUAUCGGCAUCCAAUACCCCCCCUCGAUGGAGCCGCCCUCUUUCGUGCUGCCCUUGAUCUACGACAUCGGCGUGAACGUGACCUCGUUGGCGGAGAAGCGGGAGGCGGGAGCGGUGCAGCCGGCGAUGGCAGCCGCCUCUCAGCUGCUGAAGCACUUCGGCCAGUUCCAGGCCAACGUGAACGAGUGCUCGGUGUUUCCGGCGCUGAGAGAGUUGCUGGCCAAUUUGAAUUGGCCCGCCGAACCGCAGGUUCAAAGUCCAGCUCCAGUUCAACAGAUACAGUCACCUGCACUUCAGAUGCCCGGCCAAGCUGGCCAAGGUGGAUAUCCAGUCAAUAUGCCGAUGGGUAUGAUGGGGCCUCAAUAAUUAUUUUAUUAAGCAUUAAUUAUAUUGUUU